AUAUCAUAUUUUAUUAUAUAUGAUAACUAGCAGAAAUGUCAGGACCAACAGCCCAUGCAACUUCAGAUCUUGUAUAUAUUUUCAUCGAUUACUCUAACGUCGUUCAUGAGGGUUCGCGUGAACUUAGUUUUCAGAACGAGUCUUUUAAUGUGGAUCUUAAUCGACUUGUCAUAAUAGUUUGUAAUGGAAGAAAAUUGGGUGGGGUUUUCAUUGCAGGUUCUACUCCACAAAUUGCUUCAACACCAGCUAAAGAUGAGUUGUCAUGGAAACGAGCAGAAGACCUUGGGUUCAAUGUUAAAACUUUUCCACGAAACGCUUCAAACAAGGAGAAAGGAGUUGAUGUAGAUCUUGCUUGCAAUAUAAUGGAGGUCAUUCUUACCAAGACUCCAGGUACAUUAAUACUAAUUACUGGCGAUUCGGAUUUUUCUACCCCAAUAAACAAGGCCAAAGAGAAGAAAUGGGGGGUCGAAAUAUGGUCCUGGCCUAAAGGAAUGGCUAAAAACUUUAAAAGCUUUCCUCAUGUAUCUUUGAGAGACCAUUAUAGGUUUUUCGCAUAUGUCACCAGAAUAUAUCCCCUUAAGAGUAAAUAUGUUCUUAAAAUUAGUGGUGAUAUAAUUAAGAGUUGGAAAUGGAGGAACGAGCCGAUAAUGGAAUAUUAUUUUACUCGUAAUUUGUUGUGUCAGUUUUACUGGAUAAAUGGCACAACCGCUCAUUUGUAUUUUGAUAGCAAAAAUCAGUUGCAAGAUGCAAGUAAUUGGUGGUUAUCCAAGGAUUAUCCGAAUAUGUUGGUAGAAGAGCUAGGAAAAGAUAUCAAGAAUGAUAAGAUGCCGCAUGAAGGAAACCAUACCAACACUCAAGACAAAAAAUUUUCGGAUAUUGUCGUUGACCUACCUCAACAGACAGCAAAAGAACCAUUGGUAAACCAAUUAUUUAAUGGGGGAUCCUUGAAAUGAUAAUUUAUUUAAUUUAUCCUUUGUAUUUUGUUUGUAUUGUAUAACUGUAUCUAGAUUAUCGUAUUUGACAUUAGUAUAUUAAUAUUAGAUAUAGAAAUGAUGUAAUCUAGUAUAAAUACACAAUUCCACUUUGUAAAACAAUUAUAAAUAUCUAAACAAAUAUAUGUAUCACAGUCAAAUCAUAUAACUUAUUCAAUAAAGGAUCAAAAUAUUUUGUUCGGAAAAUAAAAAAAUGUUUAUAUGCGGU